AUGGCGUCUCCCUCCAACACUGGCAAGAAGAUCCAAGCUGAUUCUACUGAUGAAGAUUACACCGAAGUAGAAUACGAGGAGGAAGAAGAAGACGACCUCGAGCAUUUUGACGAUUUCACCCUUGCCUCGUCGUGGGAACGGUUUAUUUCUGAAAUAGAGGCUGUUUGUCGGCUUUGGAUGUCUGAUGGCCCAAAGAAUUUACUGGUAAAAGGCGCGGUUCUAUUGGACGAUUCUGGUAAUUUGUACAAGGUGACAUCUGAGACGAAGUAUGCGUUGAAAAGUUACAGCAUGGAGUAUUACUUUGAGACUAACUCUGCAGUUGACGCAGGCAAGCCCGCAAAUUGGAAUUUUGAUUUGCACGAUCUACAGUUAUGUUUCGGCGUAAAGGAGUUUUUGGUGAUUGCUCCUCAGAGUGCAAGCGGCGUGGUUCUCGAUGCGCCAGAGGCUAGCAAGCUGUUGAGUGCUGUUGCGAUUGCUUUGUCAAAUUGUUCAAGUUUGUGGCCAGCAUUUGUUCCAGUUCACGUUCCUUCGCGAAAAGCUUAUAUUGGAAUUCAGAGCAUGGGCACUGUAUUUACUAGAAGGUUUGAAGCAGAUCGAAUUGGUAGUCAGGUUCCAAUAAAACUUAUGCAUUUGGAGGGGCUGUACGAGUUAUUUGUAUCUAAGUUUGCAUACUCCACACUGGAUCUAUCUGUUCAUAAUUUCAAAGUCCGAAUAGCAAUGAAGCUUACAUUCAGAACACUUCCCUUUGACGAUGACUAUAUGAAAGACUUUGAUGCUAAAAUGAUCAAAUCAAGGGAAAAUCUUUCUGGGGAAACAUCCAAUGGGACACAGUGGGAUGACGAUUGUUCUUGGAGCGAGUGGUAUUCUGCAGAAGAUCCUGUUAAAGGUUUUGAACUGAUCGCAACAUGGUCAGAGAAGAUGGUUGAAAGUUCUAUGGAAAUGGCUGAACUGGAAAAUGCUUCACCUCAUGAAGCUGAGAAGUGGUCAAUCUCUCUAAGACUUGAAGGUUCUAAAGAGAGGUGGAUUGGAUUUGCAUCCCAGUUGCAUCUUCUUGUUGAUGCAUUGCAAAUGUCAUUUGAGGCACAAUUUAUAGAAGAUUUUAUUUCAGCAGCUGAAAAUCCAGGUUCUGAUAAUCUGAGAUCCUCAUUGGUUAUACCUUCACCGACUGUUAGAGAUCGUGUGCUGAAAGAACUGUUUAUUGAAGGUGUAAAAUUCUCAGAUUUUUCUGAUGGGGGAUAUAAGACUUCGCGAGCUGUAAAAGGCGCACCUCUUGAAUCGCUCUUUGCACAAUUUUGUUUACAUUCUCUUUGGUUUGGCAACUGCAAUAUACGUGCUAUAUCUGUACUAUGGAUAGAGUUUGUUCGAGAGGUUAGGUGGUGUUGGGAAGAGUCACAACCAUUACCUAGGAUGCCACCUAACGGAUCAAUCGACCUUUCUACUUGUUUGAUUAAUCAAAAACUUCAUAUGCUUGCAAUAUGCCUUGAGAGGAAGUGUCAGCUGGUUGAAGAUUUUCAAGAUUGUAUUGGAAGUGUUGAUCAUAUAGAUUCUAUGUCUGAGGAAGAAAGUGUGGUUGGGGAUGACUUGAUGAAUAUACAGACACCCAGUGAGAAUUUUUCUGGGAAAGUUGACAGAAAGCCUGAAGAUGCAGACCUGUCUAAUGACAUAAAAUCUUCAGAAGUUACUAGGAGAGGUUCAGCUGGUAUUGUUGAUUCUAUGAUGCUUCUCAAGUCGUAUCAAAGUAUGCAUGCUCCAUACACACAGGAACCACCUCUUAUGACAGAAGACAUGCAUGAAGAGAGGAUGCAAGCUGUUGAAGCCUUUGGUGAUUCAUUUAAUUUUUCUGCUCAGCUGGAAAAGGAUAUCCUUACUUCAGAUAUGUCAGCAUUUAAAGCUGCGAAUCCAGAUGCUAUUUUUGAAGACUUUAUUAGGUGGCAUUCACCUGGAGAUUGGGAAGCAGAUGAUGAUCCUGAGAGCAGUGGAUCAACAUCAUCCAAUGCUCUUGACAUCAAUAAGUCAAAAGAUAGUUGGCCUCCACGUGGGAGGCUUUCUAAGAGAAUGUCGGAUCAUGGGAAUUUAUGGAGAAACAUUUGGAAUAACUCACCUGCUCUUCCUGCUUCGGAACAGAAGCCUCUUCUUGAUCCAAACAGAGAAGGAGAAAAAGUUCUUCAUUAUCUUGAAACCUUACAACCACAUCAAUUGCUUGAACAAAUGGUGUCUACUGCCUUCAGAGCGGCAGCCGACACAAUAAGUCGGACUAGUUAUGGAGAAUUGAACCAGAUGGAGACUAAGAUUCAACAACUUUACCCUACCAUGGCAUCAGCUUUGAGGCCUCUUCAAGUAAAUCGACUGUCUGCAGACAGUGAGACUCUCGAAGACUUAAAACGACUGUGUGUCGUUUUUGAACAUGUCGAAAAAUUACUGACUGUCGCAGCUUCUCUUCAUCGCAAGCUUAUACGAGCACCACGCCUCUCAAGAGAAACUUUUAAUGAUUACUACAACUUUUAUAUUCCCACAAUGGGAACAGGCUUGACAGAAGAGGUUGUUGAAAAGGAGUUUGACAAGAAACAAGAAGUAAGGGACAAUGAAAGGGAAGUGUUGUCAAAUAUGUUCGUUCCUCCCACUGCUAACCAGUCUUGGAGAAAGGUUUUGAGCAUGGGCAAUCUUCUCAAUGGUCACGAACCAAUCCUCAGGGAGAUUAUUUUUUCGCUACACGAUAAAGUGAGUGGUAAUCACUAUGCAGCUCGUUGUGAUAGUGUUUCUCAACAAGAUAUUGAAACUUAUAGAAUGUAUAUAUGUGGAACAUCUAAUGACCUACGUGUAGCACUUUCUGUUGCAUCGUGUGAUUAA